GAGACAAGUCAUUUUGUGCGCCGAGCACCCGUGUGUCCCGGAGACUGCCAGUGUGAACGGGAGGCAAAAAGUUGAGAAGAGGUUCUCAUUCGCGUGAGGGACGAACCGACUCGUGGUCGUUUGGGAAUGUUUUAGUGAAGGUACUUUUUAAAGAGAGAGGACUUGUGCCUGCAAAGCGCGUUUUACAAGAUCCCAACAUCAGAAGAGUUUUUUAGAAAUAGUUUUUGACAACACUUCUGCAGUUUGUGAAGUUGAGGAGACUUUUGGAUAUGUCAGUGAUCGUGCGCAAUAGCGCAUGAGAGCGGGAAUUGCGCGCCAGAGCGCAGAGCGCGUGGGAGAGCUGGCAUGCCCCGGCCCGGUAAGAGCUCGUACAGCGAGCAGAAGCCUCCGUACUCGUACAUCUCACUGACAGCCAUGGCCAUCCAGAGCUCAGAGGAAAAGAUGCUGCCACUCUCGGACAUCUAUAAAUUCAUUAUGGAGCGCUUCCCGUACUACCGCGAGAACACACAGCGCUGGCAGAACUCACUGCGCCACAACCUCUCCUUUAACGACUGCUUCAUCAAAAUUCCACGGCGGCCCGACCAGCCAGGUAAAGGCAGCUUCUGGGCACUGCACCCGGCAUGUGGCGACAUGUUUGAGAAUGGGAGCUUCCUGCGCCGCCGCAAGCGUUUCAAGCUUCCUCGGCCAACGCCAGCCCUGCCCCCUCGACCUCCCCCGGACCCCCGGCACGCUCACUACCACACCUAUGGGCUCCACAGCAGCCAGCCGCCUAGUUUCAAGCACCCGUUCGCCAUCGAGAACAUCAUCGGUGAGUGCCGGGGUGUGAUGCCCGGCUCAAUGCCCAUUGCUUCGGUCAUGAGCCAGCUGGGGUACCCGCUGCCCGCGCAGCUCUGGCCGGGCAUGGGGCCCCUCUCCUCAGAGUACCCCUCGUUCAGCCUGCCGGUCAAGAGCAUCUACCAGCCCGCCAGUGGCCAGGGGAUGCCCGCUGUGCCCAUGCCUAUCAAACCCACACCGACCCUUGGGACGCUGGGAAUCCAACGCUGCCAGGACAGCACCCCGGGCAAGACAAGCUGCCUGCACCCCUCACUGCUUCUGCCUUAGACACACAUGCAUGCACGCACACACACACACACACACACACACACACACACACACACACACACACACACACAACACACACACACACACACAUAUCA